AUGGACGAUCAGCGCGGCCUACGUUGGAUAAUUGUACUGCUACUCCUGUCUCCACCCGUACUCUUCACCGUUAUUCAAAUGUCCCGUGAAAAUACUCUGUUGAAGUUCGGCUACUACACCAUCACACUGAUGUACUACCUGUUAAUGUUGUUCAAAAUGACCGUCAUGAGAGUCACUUUCGACAAGACGGAAUCCCUGAUCAACUAUUUCAACGCGCACGUGUUCCAUCGGGAUGAUCCCGUUAGCUAUCGGCUCCGUCGGAAGACCUACUUCGUCACGUGGAAAAUUUUCUUCUCUUUGGCAGCUUUCAACGUCUUCAACAUGUUUGCCUUCAUGGCACUCACCAAGCCAACCAGUUCCUAUAUCGGAUUCGGCAACACUGAGAUCAGCUGGUAUCACGUGGUUCUCGUCCAGAUGAAUGGCGUUUUCGCUCUGUUGCAUCAAUGCGUUUAUGCAACUUCCAUUUUGGUCGUUUCGUUUCUUAUGCAUUGGUUCCAAACGGAGCUGGAAAUUUUGGCGAAAGGUUUCGGCAAAAUCUUCCACGAAAAACCACCGCUCGCGCUGUGGAAGAGCGAUAACCGGCCGAGGGUCUGGCUGCAGCGAGAGGAAAUCAAGUGGACGGGAAUCGAACGACGGUUAGUCUACUGCAUCAGCCGGCAUGGGGAAAUAAUUGAAAUGAUGAGGAUCCUGCGCAAAAUAGUGGAACCCAUUUUCCUUGGAUUAGGGUUCUACAUAGUUACCAUGAUUUCUACUCUCAUUUUUGUAAUGAUCAAGGAUAACAGAUUUAACUUUAUGGGAUUUGUACACGUGUUGGUGAUAAUCAUUGAGUUCUACUACUACGCACAUCUGGUAGACGACUUGGAUGACAAGAAUCACCUAAUCGCUGACGCCAUCUACGAUCAGGACUGGUUCGGGCAGAUGAAACAUUCGCGCCGCUUCGCGAAACAUUACAAAAGUGUCAAAAGUAUGAUAUUGAUCGUGAUCAUGCACUCGCAAAGGCCGUUUCGCUUCACCUGCGGCGGAUUGUACAAAAUGACGGUGCCGGUGUUUACCACUAUGAUCGAGACACUCUACUUUGCGGUGACUUUUAUGCUUAGGACGAUUAAAAUUCAGCGCUAA